AUGCUACGUAAUCGCAAAGAUAAAAGUGACUUGCGUUAAUGUAAUAAAAUAUGAAAUAGUACAAGACAUAGGCAUCCACAAAAUAAUAACCGUAUUUAAGUGUGCUUGCUAUUUCGCUCGUACACUCGGUUUCAGAGAAAGCGAAAAGGAAAGAAAAGAAAUAAAUGAAGCACACCAACGAACGAAACCGUCGGUGUAUGGCUGCAGCAUGAAUGUACUGCAUAGAUGUUUUGCUGUCGACUGCUUUCAACUGAAUAGAUGUAGCCAAUAAGUGGUUCGCGUUUGCACAUUCAACAACAGCAUAAAAUCUCGCCUCACAAGCGCAGAGAAACUCUCUCUCUCUCUCGUUCUGGCUUUGUCACACUUGAUGAAGAUCAAUUUAUAGGCAAAAUAUCAUUUAAUCGCAUUUUGUUUUCGGCAAAUUUAACAAUAACAUCCACUUGUUUUUUUUUUUUUUGAAAUAAUAAAUAAUUUCAGCCGCGAUCAGAAUGUUUGAAAUAAUUCGAUGUGUAAUUUUGUGGACAUUUUCGAUUGUAUUCAGUUCGGUGGCAAUCCUUCGGUUACUGGUGCUCCAUUUAAGCAAAUUCAAGUCAGCACCAUGGAAACCCAAAGAACGGACUGUUGCUCCGGCAUUAUUAUCGGAUCCAAAAUAUGGACAGCACAAAUUUGCUACAGUUAAUGGAAUUCGCAUGCAUUAUGUCGAAGCGGGUGAUAAAAGUAAACCGUUGAUGGUUUUCGUCCAUGGUUUUCCCGAAUUUUGGUACAGUUGGCGUAAUCAAAUCACCGAAUUCUCCAAAGACUACUGGACUGUUGCAAUUGAUAUGCGAGGCUACAAUCUUUCAGAACGACCGGUUGGACUACAAAACUACUCGUUUCAAUACAUGGUUGACGAUUUACGCGGUUUAAUAGAAUAUUUGAAUCGCAAGAAAUUCAUUUUAGUGGCUCACGAUUGGGGAUCGCUUAUCAGCUGGGAAUUCACCUCUCAAAACAAGCAUAUGGUGUAUAAGUACGCGAUGAUGGGAGCGCCAUCACGUCGUGUUUUCAAAAAGACAUUCAAUUCAUCGAUGGACCAGUUCAAAAGGUCAUGGUACAUGUCAUUAUUUCAAAUGCCAUUUUUGCCCGAACUUUCAAUGAUGAGUGACGACUUUGGCCUAUUCAAUAUAAUUUGGGAGGAUCAAUUGGGCGAUAGUUUUACCGAGGAAGAUUUGGAAGCAUACAAAUACACGUUCUCAAGACCAGGUGCUCUGACAGCUGCAAUCAAUUACUAUCGAGCAAAUUUUGGAACUCGUGGCAAUGAAUUACAAUCAUCAUCAAAGAAUCGAUUGGACGGUUCCGACGGAAUGUAUGUUUUGGGUGAACUCGAGCAGUAUAUUUCGAAGAAUACGCUUGAAUUGACGGCUAAAGAAUAUCCGAAAAUUCGAAUCGAGGUUGUUCCCGGUGCCAACCACUUCUUGCAACACCACACUCCUCAAGCGGUUAACGAUUUGUUACGCGAUUUCCUAGGUUCAGCCGCUCACGAUUGCCCAAUCGAACCACUUAUUUAAAAACAAAAUAGAAAAGAAAACUCGACGGAUUCUUUGUCCGGAUUUGAUUCAAGAAAAAAAAUGUUAUUUAUUUUUGUUGGUUUGUUUGGGCAUUUUUUUGUUUUGUUUUAUUCGUUUGCCAAUCACUACACAAUGGACAUGCACGCUAUAGGGAGUGCUGUUGAUCCAUUCGAUUAGAUUAGAUUUUUUUUUCAUUGUUCUUCUCUAAAUGAAUACAGUAAUAGCUACUGCACCGGACUGAUUUCCCCUUCUAAAUAAAUAAAUUCACACGAUCUGUUCAAUUGAUGCAAAGUGCCAUGCUGUCUGUCUAAACGAUGUAAACGGAACGAUAAAUGUUUGCUUUUUUUUAUUCGCUUGCACUUUGAUUUAGAAAUUAUACACACAGUCUGAUUGAUAAACCAUUUUGACUCUUUAUACUAUUGUCUUAAGGCAUUCGUUCAUAUCGUUUCCUUUUUGUCGCAUCAAUCAUUCAUUCCUUUUCAUUUCUAGUUCAAGUGAGGGGGAGAGGCAGGGGAAAAUUGUGAAUUUUGAACAUAAUUUCAUUUGCUUCAACACUUAACAAUAUUACAAAUUAAAUAUCGUUUGACAGACGGGGAAUUUUGCACAUGGCAUCCGUGCGCCAUUUAUUUAAUUUGAAAAAUCGGUCUCUGGUGUUUGGUUCAAUUAUCGUAAAAGUAUUAUUGUGUCGCAUAAUUGUAAUUGUAAUAAAUGCGGUUCCUAAUAUU